CAUCUUUUUCUCCUAACGUUUAUCCAGCACAAGCAGAUUGCAGAAGACGUGGGAAGAGGGAGAAAAAUGGAGCGCAACAGCAACAGUAACAUCAUCAUCAGAAUCAGAACACCUCCUUGUUUAAUUCUCCUUUUUCUAUGUUUAUUUCUGUCAUCAAUUUCUCUUGCCAUAGCGACCAGACCUCUCCCUCUUCUCGAUAAUUUCAACACCAAUAAAUUGUUGUUUUCUCCAACAUUUAACAGAAUCUACGAUAUUUCCAACUAUGGCCGAUUUCAGCUCUUUAAUGGCUUGGCUCAGACUCCUCAAAUGGGGUGGAAUAGUUGGAACUUUUUUGCUUGUAACAUAAAUGAGACAGUCAUCAAGGAGACAGCUGAUGCACUUAUUUCAACAGGAUUGGCUGAUUUAGGUUAUGUAUAUGUAAAUAUAGAUGAUUGCUGGUCCAAAGAAACACGGAAUUUAAAGGAUCAGUUAGUACCUGAUCAGAAGACUUUCCCUUCCGGAAUUAAAGCUCUUGCAGAUUAUGUUCAUGCUAAAGCCCUCAAGCUUGGUAUCUAUUCUGACGCUGGGGUUUUUACAUGUCAAGUUCGACCAGGGUCACUCUACCACGAGGAUGAGGAUGCUGAGCUUUUUGCUUCUUGGGGUGUUGAUUAUUUGAAAUAUGACAACUGCUUCAAUUUGGGUAUCCCACCAAAAAAGAGAUAUCCUCCCAUGCGUGAUGCACUAAAUGCAACCGAGCGCCCAAUUUUCUAUUCACUUUGUGAAUGGGGUGUCGAUGACCCUGCAUUGUGGGCUGGAAAAGUUGGGAAUAGCUGGAGAACAACAGACGACAUAAAUGAUUCAUGGGCAAGCAUGACUACAAUUGCUGAUCUAAAUGACAAGUGGGCAUCCUAUGCAGGACCUGGUGGAUGGAACGAUCCGGAUAUGUUGGAGGUAGGAAAUGGUGGGAUGACUUACAAUGAGUAUCGUGCACAUUUUAGCAUCUGGGCUCUGAUGAAGGCUCCUCUAUUGAUUGGCUGUGAUAUCAGAAACAUGACUGCUGAGACACUGAAAAUCCUUAGCAACACGGAGGUAAUUGGUGUAAACCAAGAUUCUCUUGGUGUCCAGGGAAGAAAGGUUCAUGCCUCUGGACCAAAUUCUUGCCAGCAGGUUUGGGCAGGUCCCCUGUCUGGGAAUAGGCUAGUUGUUGCUCUUUGGAAUAGAUGUUCAAGUGCUGCUCUGAUUACUGCCGAAUGGAAUGUUCUGGGACUUCAAUCUUCAGUCAGUGUUUCCAUCAGAGACUUGUGGAAGCACGACAUAGUUGCCGCAGAUGCAGUAUCGUCUUUUGGCACUUCUGUCGAGCCUCAUGAUUGUGCAAUGUACAUUUUCACCCCCGAGAUGUUGGAGUCAUACUCCGUCAUGUAAUUUAACAUUGGUUUCUGCUGCAAGCCUGGGUCAGUUGUUAAUUACAAAAGGAUAAGGAAAUUCGAGUUAUUUUCAGCUGCUGGGUGGUUUGAUAUUGCUCUGUAAUUUGAUGAAAAUUUGUAAAGUGGACAGCAAACUAAGAUUUGAAGCAAUGUUGUAAAUCAUGGGUGAUGAUAAAGGUCGCAAGUUGCGACAACAUUUACUUGUCGCAAUCUUACGUGUUGGAAUCUAAUUGGUACAUAUAGGCACCA